GGGCGGCCGGGGGCGGGGCUGGCGAGCGCCGAGCUCAGGACUCGGCGGCGCCCGCCGGACCUCACACUCUCCGGGCCUCCGCGCAGCCGGCGCGCUCCAGCCAGAAUGGAGUGAUUGACUGCCUGUCUCUCUGCCCCCAUGUCUCCAUGUUACACCAGUGCCCCAACUUCUUUGAAGAAUGUUUCCUGCACCUCCUGCCUUCGGCAUAGACAUAGCUGAUGACAAGAAUACUGGAAUCUUCAAUGGCAGGAGAAAGAGUGAUCAGAAGACCGAGAUGAAUUUUAACACUAUUCUAGAAGAGAUUCUCAUUAAAAGGUCACAGCAGAGAAAGAAGACAUCGCCCUUAAACUACAAAGAGAGACUUUUUGUGCUAACGAAGUCCAUGUUAACCUACUAUGAAGGUCGAGCAGAGAAAAAAUACAGAAAGGGAUUUAUUGAUGUUUCAAAAAUAAAGUGUGUGGAAGUAGUGAAGAAUGAUGACGGUGUCAUUCCCUGUCAGAAUAAAUAUCCAUUUCAGGUUGUUCAUGAUGCUAACACACUUUACAUUUUUGCACCUAGUGCACAAAGCAGGGACCAGUGGGUGAAGAAGUUGAAAGAAGAAAUAAAGAACAACAAUAAUAUUAUGAUUAAAUAUCAUCCUAAAUUUUGGGCAGAUGGGAGUUAUCAGUGUUGCAGACAAACUGAAAAGCUAGCACCUGGAUGUGAAAAAUACAAUCUUUUUGAAAGUAGUAUAAGAAAAGCACUACCUCCGGCACCGGAAACAAAGAAGCGAAGGCCUCCCCCACCAAUUCCACCCGAAGAAGAAGAUAAUAGCGAAGAAAUAGUGGUAGCUAUGUAUGAUUUCCAAGCGACAGAAGCACAUGACCUCAGGUUAGAGAGAGGCCAGGAGUAUAUCAUUUUAGAGAAGAAUGAUGUUCAUUGGUGGAGAGCAAGAGAUAAAUAUGGGAGUGAAGGAUAUAUCCCAAGCAAUUAUGUAACAGGAAAGAAAUCAAACAACUUAGAUCAAUAUGAAUGGUAUUGCAGAAAUAUGAAUAGAAGCAAAGCUGAACUACUCCUCAGGAGUGAAGAUAAAGAAGGCGGUUUUAUGGUAAGGGAUUCCAGUCAACCGGGCAUGUACACAGUCUCCCUUUAUACAAAGUUUGGAGGAGAAGGCUCAUCAGGUUUCAGGCAUUAUCAUAUAAAGGAAACAACAACCUCCCCCAAGAAGUAUUAUCUGGCUGAAAAACACGCGUUUGGUUCCAUUCCUGAGAUAAUUGAAUAUCAUAGGCACAAUGCAGCAGGGCUUGUCACAAGGCUGCGGUACCCUGUCAGUGCAAAGGAGAAGAAGGCGCCCACCACUGCGGGAUUCAGCUACGAGAAAUGGGAGAUCAACCCUUCAGAGCUGACCUUUAUGAGGGAGCUGGGGAGUGGACUGUUUGGAGUGGUGAGGCUCGGCAAGUGGCGAGCUCAGUACAAAGUGGCGAUCAAAGCUAUUCGGGAAGGCGCGAUGUGCGAGGAAGAUUUUAUAGAAGAAGCCAAAGUGAUGAUGAAACUGACACACCCGAAGUUAGUGCAGCUCUAUGGCGUGUGCACCCAGCAGAAGCCGAUUUACAUCGUUACCGAGUUCAUGGAGAGGGGCUGCCUGCUGAACUUCCUCCGGCAGAGGCAAGGCCAUUUCAGUAGAGAUGUGCUGCUGAGCAUGUGCCAAGAUGUGUGCGAAGGGAUGGAGUACCUGGAGCGAAACAGCUUCAUCCACAGAGAUCUGGCUGCCAGAAAUUGUCUAGUAAAUGAGGCAGGAGUUGUGAAAGUAUCUGAUUUUGGAAUGGCCAGGUACGUCCUGGAUGACCAGUACACAAGUUCUUCUGGUGCUAAGUUUCCUGUGAAGUGGUGUCCGCCCGAGGUGUUCAAUUACAGCCGCUUCAGCAGCAAAUCGGACGUCUGGUCCUUCGGUGUCCUCAUGUGGGAAGUCUUCACUGAGGGCAGGAUGCCCUUCGAGAAGAACACCAACUAUGAGGUGGUAACCAUGGUCACUCGCGGCCACCGCCUCCACCGGCCCAAGCUGGCGUCCAAAUAUGUCUACGAAGUGAUGCUGAGAUGUUGGCAGGAGAAACCUGAGGGGAGGCCUUCCUUUGAAGACCUGCUGCGCACCAUCGAUGAGCUGGUGGAGUGUGAGGAAACCUUUGGAAGAUAAGGGGUGCUGGGACCAGUGGCUUCCGGAUUCCGCAGCACAAGGAAGAAACGGCACUUUGUAGCUCACUCUUAAUUUAUUUAGCGUGUGGAUAUGUAGAUUGUUUUUACUGAUAAACUGAAAACACCUCACGCCUCUGCUUUUAGACCAUCCUGAGCCCCAUGACUGAGUCUUCCAGGUCAUGGAGAUGCUGCCUUAGAGAUGGUGGUUAAAAGCACUCUCAGACACUCCACAGGCUUCCGUGCCCACAGGGGUGCCAUGCCGAUGCCCCAGGGUCACCCACUUGAGGGUGCACCUGGGCCAUGCUGGCUGGUGCCAGUGGAAGACCAGGGAGUUUGGGGAGGGCACGGGUGUUGGAGCCAGGCUGCAGCAACCCGUCUCUUCCCCUUCACUUCCACAGCAAUCUGGGCCUGGGGCACCGUCUGAUGCAGGUUCUGGAGGAACCAGGAACCACAUUGGAUGUACCCAUCUUUUGUUUUGAAAACAUGCCAUUAGUAUUACAUUACAAAACGUUUGUACCCUGUAUAUAUUGUGAAUAUAUAUAAUAUAUAAAGUUAUAUAUUUAUAAGAAA